CACGGCCCUCCCAGAGCAGCCAGCGCGCGCCGCCCCUCGGGCAGGGCCGGGGGCGAGCGCGGCGGCGCCGCAGCGGGGCCUGGGGCCGGACGCGUGGGCGGGCCGGCCUGGGCGCACCGCCCCCACGGGCCCGCGACGCCGCUCCCACGCUCCCAGCCCCUCCCCCUUCCCUUCCUUCUUUCCCCGCAGCGCUCCCGGGAGCCGCCGGCGGACGCGAGCCGCGCUCAGCGAUCGAGCUUUGUGUGCGCCCGCGGGCCCGGGGCGAGCCUCGGGCGGCCCGACUUGGCGGCUCCUGGCCGGCUCCCAAGCGGGAGUUGUGAGGCGUGGCUGGGUGACGGAGGCGCUAGGGGACGCGUGGGGCUCCCCGGCAGGCGGGAGGGACUGAGCCAUCGGUGCUGGACAAUGAGCCUGGCAGCUAGACGCUGCGAUCACUUUUAGGGGGCGCGGGCCGGCCGGUACAUCCGCAGCUCAGCGGCCCCACCUGCGAGGAGAGGGCGGGAUGCCACAGCCAGGUGUCCCAGCGCUUUAAGGCCCAUCAUAGCCUCGCGUCCCUGAGCUGGUGGUUGCUUUGACACUAGGCUACCUGCAAGCUUUAGCCAGGACUUCCCCCCCCCCCCUUUUUGCGAGGAGCCCUUGGAGCAGCCGCGAUGGCCAGCACCAGGAGCAUUGAACUGGAGCACUUUGAGGAACGGGACAAAAGGCCGCGACCCGGGUCGCGGAGAGGGGCGCCAAGCUCCUCCGGGGGCAGUAGUAGCUCGGGCCCCAAGGGGAACGGACUCAUCCCCAGCCCGGCGCACAGUGCCCACUGCAGCUUCUACCGCACGCGGACCCUGCAGGCCCUGAGCUCAGAGAAAAAGGCCAAGAAGGCGCGCUUCUACCGGAAUGGGGACCGCUACUUCAAGGGCCUGCUGUUUGCCAUCUCCAGCGACCGCUUCCGGUCCUUCGAUGCGCUGCUCAUGGAGCUCACCCGCUCCCUGUCAGACAACGUGAACCUGCCUCAGGGUGUCCGCACCAUCUACACCAUCGACGGCAGCAGGAAGGUCACCAGCCUGGACGAGCUGCUGGAAGGUGAGAGUUACGUGUGUGCAUCAAACGAACCAUUCCGUAAAGUUGAUUACACCAAAAAUAUUAAUCCGAACUGGUCUGUGAACAUCAAGGGUGGGACCGCCCGAGCCUUGGCUGCUCCCUCAGUGAAAAGUGAAGUAAAGGAGAGUAAAGAUUUCAUCAAACCCAAAUUAGUGACUGUGAUUCGAAGUGGAGUGAAGCCUAGAAAAGCCGUGCGGAUCCUUCUAAAUAAGAAGACUGCUCAUUCCUUCGAACAAGUCUUAACAGAUAUCACCGAAGCCAUUAAACUCGACUCAGGAGUGGUCAAGAGGCUCUGUACACUGGAUGGCAAGCAGGUUACUUGUCUGCAAGACUUUUUCGGUGAUGACGAUGUUUUUAUUGCAUGUGGACCUGAGAAAUUCCGUUACGCCCAAGAUGACUUUGUCCUGGAUCACAGUGAAUGCCGUGUCUUGAAGUCAUCUUAUUCUCGCUCCUCAGCUAAGUAUUCGGGAUCCAAAAGCCCUGGGCCCUCUCGACGCAGCAAAUCACCAGCUUCAGUUAAUGGAACUCCCAGCAGCCAGCUUUCUACUCCUAAAUCUACGAAAUCCUCCAGUUCUUCUCCAUCUAGCCCAGGAAGCUUCAGAGGAUUAAAGCAGAUUUCUGCACAUGGCAGAUCGUCCUCCAACAUAAAUGGUGGACCUGAACUUGAUCGUUGCAUGAGUCCUGAAGGCGUGAAUGGAAACAGGUGCUCUGAGUCAUCGACUCUUCUGGAGAAGUACAAAAUUGGAAAGGUUAUUGGCGAUGGCAAUUUUGCAGUAGUCAAAGAGUGCAUGGACAGGUCCACUGGAAAGGAGUUUGCCCUAAAGAUUAUAGACAAAGCCAAGUGUUGUGGAAAGGAACACCUGAUCGAGAAUGAAGUGUCAAUCCUGCGCCGAGUGAAACAUCCAAACAUCAUCAUGCUGGUGGAGGAGAUGGAAACAGCGACUGAGCUCUUUCUGGUGAUGGAGUUGGUCAAAGGUGGAGAUCUCUUUGAUGCGAUUACGUCUUCAACCAAGUACACUGAGAGAGAUGGCAGUGCCAUGGUGUACAACCUGGCCAGCGCCCUCAGGUAUCUCCAUGGCCUCAGCAUCGUGCACAGAGACAUCAAGCCAGAGAACCUCUUGGUGUGUGAAUAUCCUGAUGGAACCAAAUCUUUGAAACUGGGAGACUUUGGGUUGGCCACGGUGGUGGAAGGCCCCUUAUACACAGUCUGCGGCACCCCAACUUACGUGGCUCCAGAAAUCAUUGCUGAAACCGGCUAUGGCCUGAAGGUGGACAUUUGGGCAGCAGGCGUGAUCACGUACAUACUUCUCUGUGGAUUCCCACCAUUCCGAAGUGAGAACAAUCUGCAGGAAGAUCUCUUCGACCAGAUCUUGGCUGGGAAGCUUGAGUUCCCAGCGCCCUACUGGGAUAAUAUCACAGACUCGGCAAAGGAAUUAAUCAGUCAAAUGCUUCAGGUAAACGUUGAAGCUCGGUGUACUGCGGGACAAAUCCUGAGUCACCCCUGGGUGUCAGAUGAUGCCUCCCAGGAGAAUAAUAUGCAAGCUGAAGUAACAGGUAAACUGAAACAGCACUUUAACAAUGCGCUCCCCAAACAGAACAGCACCACCACGGGGGUCUCCGUUAUCAUGAACACGGCUCUAGAUAAGGAGGGGCAGAUCUUCUGCAGCAAACACUGUCACGACAGCGGCCGACCCGGGACGGAGCCCACCUCUUCAGUUCCUCUCUCCGCCGAAGAGACCCCUGUGUCCGGGGUGGCAGCCAUAGCCCCUGUCCCUCCGGAACCUUCCGCAGCCCCCUGCCCUCCUGCGGCCAGGGGCUGUGAGCGAGCAGGGACCUGGCGCCGUCACCGUGACUGACCAUGGCAGGCGGGCCUGAGCCGUGUCGCCCUCUCACGGCUGAGCCUUCCUCUGCUGACUGCUGGUUGUCAGGUUGCUGGCAUCUCCGAGCUGCCAGGAGCCCAGUGCCCCGGGCUUGUCCUCCAGUUCCUGGAGAUGUCAUAUGCAGUCACAGCUUUGGUGACAUACGCAGAGUGGCUUGUUUUAAAUUAUCUCAGUUUCGGUUUAGUGGACAUUUUACAGCGUCACCAGGAGAAUGUGUAACUUGAUUCCAGCAUUUAAUGCGUUUUUUUAUAGAAACACUUUGGAUGAGCCAAGACCCCUCCCUUAUUUAAGUAAACUCAGAGUGCUCCUUUUUUCUUACUAAGAGCUUAAGAACUGCGGUUGUCCCUUGGUAGGUGUCCGGUGAGAGGUGACAUGACACCUUCCUCUGCUGAGGGGGGCUGGAGGACUGGCUUUCCAGCAGAAGAAACGAGCAGCUAAGAGGACAGUCGGGUCACCAGACCCUAAUCCCAGGCUCCCAGAUGUGCUCUCAGGUGCCCAGAGGAGCAGCCACACACAGCUUGGGGUGAUGGGCUUGCGUAAGACGCUGGGUAUUUAUUUGUACACAGGCCACAGGGGAAGGGCACCUUCUUCCCUCGACGUUGUGUUUCCCCCCCAACUCUUCCCACAUAAGAAUUAAAAAAUGCUCAUGAAGUUGUCCUUGGGGCUUUUUAAUGAAAGGCCUGGCGUGUGUGGCAUCACCGUGGAGGUGGUUUCUUCUCAGCAUGCCCGCUACUAGUGGAGCAGGAUAAACUAAGAGUAGCCACCGGUCUCGUUUCAUCAUCUGCUUUUCAGCUGGAGCAGGCGGAAAGGGCAGCCGUGGAGACGCCGAGGCACAGGCAGGACUGGGGCAGAAGGGGCCCCGCAGACACCCCACUAUUGACCCUCUGGAAGGCUGCUGGCAGUUUUCCACCACCCUGCUCUUUUUAAUAACUGUACAUAAUCAGUGUAUUUGUUUCACCCGCUCAUCUUCUAAACUGGUGGGCCCUGUAGUGCAUUCUCACUGUUAGAUUUCUGCCUCCCACAAGUGUACCCAACCCGCAAUAAACUCUUCCUUAUUGAGAAAAAGUAAUCAGGGCGGGCAGAGGUUUCUGUGUUGUUGUUUUGCAAAGGAUGUGUGAUCAAAGGUCCGGGUUCUGGCAGGUGCCAGUGUCUGGUUUCGUGACCUGUCAGGUCCGUGAGGCGGAAGAGUGAUGCAUGAGAAGAACGCAUGGAGAUGUGUCUUGGUUGAAGUUUAUUUGAUUACAGGUACAGAAGCUCAUGUAGCAAACAAAAGCUAAGAAUAAACGGACCAUUGGCACGACAGAGGGAAUCUGACGGAGCCAACAUCAGGAAGGUAAGGUUUUACUGGAAAUGGGAGUCGCGGCAGCUAUUCCCGUCUGCCUGUGUUUUUUCUCUCUCUCUGUCCAUCUGUCUCUCUCUGAGAUUGUGCCGUCUCCUGUCUCUAAUUCUUUCAGUGCAUUUCGGCUCUUGUUUUCUGUUCCCUCAUAAUAAUGUCUGCUCGACUGCAGCCCUGGCCAUAGGUACUGCGUCUGUCCCCAACUUCUCGAGGCUGUACAACUCCAGGGCUUGAAACCAUCUACUUCGGCUGUGGACCUUUUAGUUCAGAUAACUAUAUGAGGUGAUUAUACAAGGAUUUCUCUCUGGGCUGGCACUGACCUAGGAUCCAGAGGCUGGUUACAAAAUAUAGCUGGGCUUCCUGGGCCCGCAGCUGCAGUAGGUACAGGCUGUGAUGGACAGGGUUAGAAAGUUCUGCUUAUCUCUCUCCUCACUGACUUGUUACAGAGCCGACAUUUUCGUAGCUUCCAAUGGAAACAUUGUUGUUAAUGGAAAGGAAGAGGUAACGUAAAGGCAGGGGCAUACAAAUGGAAAGUGACGGAACAAGGCCUUUGGCACUGGUGAGAGCCUGAAACCUGACCCCGCUCCCUUGAACUGUGAGGUUCAAAGACAUCUGCUAGAAACUUAAGAAACUAUGUGGCUAGUGCAGGCC